ACUUUUUUCUAUCAAAAGACUAGUCCUAUAAAUAGAGGCCAGGGAGAUAUUCUUCUUACCUCUAAAAAAAACCAAGUUGAGAUUUUCCAGAAACAACAAGUCAGGAGCAGAGAAGUUAUAGCAGAUUUUUUGAAUUUAUCCAUCACACUUUCCUGAAAUGGAGAAGAGGCAAGAAUUAGAGUGGAUUGAAGCACAAAAGAUUGUUACUAGUAUAGACCUUUUGGAUGCAGCUAGGAAGCAUCUUAAGUUUCUAGCAACUGUUGAUCGCUACCGAUGUCUUUACGAUGAUGGACCGCUUUUGAGGAGCGCUAUUCACAGGUACAAGACUUGUUGGCUUCCUUUGCUUGCCAAGCAUGCUAAGGGUGAGAUUUCAGAAGGGACUUUGGUUGUUCCUUUGGAUUGUGAAUGGGUUUGGCACUGCCACAGGCUUAAUCCGGUAACGUACAAAACCGAUUGUGAGGAAUUAUACGGACAGAUUUUGGACAAUGCUAAUGUUAUAUCAAAGGUUCAAGGGGCAUCCACGAAACAAACUGAAGAAAUCUGGAAUCAGUUGUAUCCCAGUGAGCCGUAUGAGCUUGACCUGAGAGGCACCUUCGCAGACGAGACUUCUGAAAUACUUUCAGAUGCUCCAGAAAGUACCAAAUAUGAUCUGGUUUCUGCUGUUAAAAGGCAGAGCUCUUUCUUUUACCAAGUAUCCAAACCCACCAUGAAUGAUGAACUCUUUCUUGAAGGAGCUGUUGCCAGAUAUAAAGGAUUUCUUCAUUUGAUUAAGAGAAAUAAGGAGAGGUCUAUUAAGCUAUUUUGUGUGCCGACUUAUGAUAUCGAUCUCAUAUGGCAUACUCACCAGCUUCAUCCAGUUGCUUACUGUAAAGACGUUGUUCAAGUCACCGGCAAGUUGUUAGAGCAUGAUGACACAGAUUCAAGCAGAAGCAAAGGACAGAAGCUUGAUGUUGGAUUUUCAGGGACUAUUAACAAGUGGGAACAGUUGUUUGGAUCUAGGUAUUGGAGGGCAGGGGCAAUGUAUAGAGGCACUGCUCCAUCACCUGUUACUCAUGUUCCAUGGCAACCAAAUAUGACGAGCAAGAAAGUUGUUCCUUUGAGCGAUCCUCGCAAAGCAGUUCAGCUUCGUGAUAAAACAUCAGUAGAGAUUUGUUUGGAGAUUGUGGCGGUAAGGGAUUUACCAGUAGGACUCAAGGGUAGCAUUUAUGUUCAGUUCAGUAAGAGAAUGCCAGAUUCUCUCUUUGAUGCAAAAAGGAGACUUAAUAUUCUGUCCGUGACUAGGGAGAAGCAGGUUGCUGUAUUCCAGUGUGAACCUGUUGGAGAGCUUUGCUUUGAACUUAUGUUCCAAUCAGCCUCUAGCUUAUCCAUAUCAAAUGAACCCAAAAUCUUUGGCACAACAUCAAUCCCUUUGAAGGAUUUGACCGAUCCUGUCAAUAAGUUGUCAGUUGAAAAAUGGUUCCAGUUGGAGCCAAGUUCUGGCAUUGAAAACUCCAACCCAAUCUCUCUGCGGAUUGCUGUCUCCACUACUGCUCCGACACCUGCUCCACAUGUACUUAGCAUGGUUAGGUCACGUCCAUUCGCAAAAGAUUCUUGUUUCUCUGCACUUCCUGGAAGUAUCCAGCAUGCUAAAAGUUGGACAUCUGUCGUGGAUGAAGUUGGCAAUGAGAUCCUCAACAUUCAGAUGAGGAACUCAAAGAAAGCAGAUGCAAAAACUAGUUUCAAUUCGAAGAAAGAGGUUAUUGGAAUUAUAGGACACUCUGAUGAAACACAGAUUCUAGCGGAAGAUGCGGAAACAGGGUGGUCUUUGUUAGAUUCUACUGAGUCCUUUCAUCUUCUGACCAAAUCCAACGAACAAGGUGAUAUCAUUGAGCUCCGAGAUAACCGGAUGGUGAGACUUUUCCCUGGUAGAGCACUAGAAUAUGAACCCAAAAACUGUGAGAAGCAGAAGAAUGAAUCCGACUUUGUUACAGUAGUGGAGUUCUCUGAAGAAAAUCCAUACGGAAAGGCACUAGCAUUACUUAACCCCAAAUGUGGGUUUUUGAAGGUAAAAGAAGAAUGGUUUGCUUUGCUUGGGAUUACAUUGACCUUCAUACUCUCUGAUAUUCUGAAAAAAGAUGGGCACAUUGGUCUAGUUGGCAAGGGAGAAAAUUUAGACAACAUGCAUGGCCAAAUUGAAGAAAAUGUUGAAGGGUCUCAAGUUGAAGGUAAAAGCAGCAAAGUAGCUUCCUCAGAAAAGGAGGAAGAGGCAGCCAAGCAAGGAAGCACAGUAGCACAAGCAAAGGGUGAGUCUGGAGUUUACGGGUAUGAAACAACAGGUAACAAAGAAUACAAAAAUGUUGUUAAUAGUGGUGGUUGCGGUAGUGGCUGUGGAGGUGGCUGCGGGAACAUGGUUAACAGUGGUGGAUGUGGCAGUGGUUGUUGUGGUGGAUGUGGGAAUAUGGUAAAGAGUGGUGGAUGUGGUAGCGGCUGUGGUGGUGGAUGCGGAAGUAUGGUAAGGAGUGGUGGUUGUGGAAGCGGUUGUGGUGGUGGAUGCGGGAACAUGUUGGUGGAGAGUGGUGGUUGUGGAAGCGGUUGUGGUGGUGGAUGCGGAAAUAUGGUUAAGAGUGGUGGAUGUGGUGGCUGUGGUGGUGGAUGCGGAAGUAUGGUAAAGAGUGGUGGUUGUGGCAGUGGCUGUGGUGGUGGAUGCGGAAAUAUGUUGGCGGAGAGUGGUGGUUGUGGAAGCGGUUGUGGUGGUGGGUGCGGAAAUAUGGUUAAGAGUGGUGGAUGUGGUGGUGGUGGGUGUGGUGGUGGAUGCGGUGGAAGUGGUGGGUGUGGUGGAGGUAUGGCAAAGAGUGGUGGUGGUGGUGCGGAGACUGCAGUAGCAGUUUGAAAGACUCUGGUAAUAGCUCCACCAUCCAAGGUUGUGCAGUGUGAAUGAUGUUGACAUGUUGUGGUGGGGAAUAUUGAUUGUGUACUAGGUGGAUUAUCCUCGGUAAUAAUGUUAUUUGAAAUUUGUGUUUUACUUGUGAUGAAGUUUGUGUUGUAAUCCUCAUGUCUGAGCUAAUAAUAAUAAAAGUGUUCUUCCAUAUCGAAAACUGUAAGCAUGAAUUGGAAAUUUUAAGGAAGCAAGUUUCAUGAAA